UUUUGUGCCUCAGUUAAGGAAAAGAUCUGCCAGGUUUUGGUGGAAUGGAGCACACUAAAGGCAGCAACAAUGGUGGUUAUGGAGCUAACCCUCCUCCAUACAAUCCUCAGGACUAUGGACACAGUUCUUACACAGGGAUGAGCUAUCAGGUAGGGGACGGGAACGUUGCAGUGGUCUCCCCUCCUGGCAACUAUGAUAACAUGGUCCACCCUGAGGAACUGACAGCAGCUGGAGGCAACCAGCAGUACGGUCACGCUCCACCUGACUACUCUCAGGGCAUAGAGGAUAGCAGCUUCAGUGAUGCUGCCAUACGAAGAGGUUUCAUAAGGAAAGUCUACUUGACGUUGAUGAUUCAGCUGCUUGUGACUGUCGGGAUCAUCUGCACUUUUCUUUACUGGAACGAUCUCAGGAUAUGGGCAUGGGACAACUUCUGGUUCACCUACGCCAUGAUGGGAGUGGUGACAGUGCUCAUUGUGGUCUUGUCCUGCUGUGACAACAUCCGCCGUCGAGUCCCCCUCAAUUUCAUCGCCCUGGGCCUGUUUACUGUUGCAGAGGGCCUGAUGCUUGGCGCUGUGGCAGCGUGCUUUGAUGCCGAAGCAGUUCUGUGGGCUGUGGGGGCAACAGCGCUGGUGUCCUUCGCCUUGACUCUGUUUGCUAUGCAGUCAAAGUGGGACUUCACCGGAGCAAAUGGGAGCCUGUGGGUGUUUGCCUGGACCGUCUUUUCAUUUGCAAUGCUUUGUGCAAUCCUCCGAUCGCAGUAUCUUUACAUCCUGUACGCCUGCCUGGGAACCUUGCUGUUUUCUUUAUAUUUGGUGUUUGAUACCCAACUUAUCCUGGGUGGGAAGCACAGGAAGUAUGCAGUCUCUCCUGAGGAGUAUGUGUUUGCUGCACUCAACCUCUAUUUGGACAUUGUCUCCUUGUUCCUCCUGCUGCUGCAGCUCAUCGGGCUCUGCCGCUAACACUGAACCUCCAUGACAGGUCUCCCUACAGAAACACAGACGCUCCUCAAAUGAUGUCUCAAUGUCAAACUGUUCAGUACAUCAUGUAUCUAGAUUCACAGCCCACAAACAUCAUAUUUACAUAAGCAGAGAUGAAUGUGAUGUGUUUUGUUUGUAUACACAGCAAUAUGCAGUGUACAAAAUGUUUUGCUAUAUUUGAGAUUUUUAUACCACACUAGCAUGCAUUUUUACCUAUAACUUAUAAUUCAUGUGCUUAGCUUUAACUCAACUGCUAUUUUCAAUUUUCUGUGGCAGGAAACUGAAACUUUAAAGUAAAUUCAAAGUGUCGGAACAAUUACUAGUACUUUGCAGUAAUAUUAUCAUGUGCAAAGUAGUUCAGACAUCCUGUGAUCUGUGCAACAUUUAGACAGUUUUGCUGUUAAGAUCACAUUGUCAUUUGUUCUGUAGUUAAACCAGAAACCAAACCAACUCCA